UUCUUCUUCUUCUUCUUCUUCUUCUUCUCCGCAAAUUCUAUUUCUGCCUCUGUUUUUGACGAGUCGUCUUCGUGGGACGAGCCUCGCCAAGGUGAGGCGAGGCGAAGCGAGGCGAGGCGAAGCGAGGCGAGGCGAGUCUUCCUCAAGGACGAGGCGACGGAACUGCACUUGGCGGGACCCUCCCGCCGCUCCACGCAGCCGCAUUUCGUCCCUGCUCGACGUAAUUGCUCGCUGAACGCGUCUCUGGCACCUCGACCACCAAUUCACGACGCUGAAGUGCCUUGGGCGUUGGGUUUCUCGUCGGGUGCUGUUCAAAUCUCGUGGAUGUUCAUGCCCCAUCGCGAUCUGGAUCAGCAGGAAACGGAGAGCAGCAGAAGUAGGCAGCUAAGGGAGAAUCAAUAAAUGAAGAAAUAAAUUAAGGCCUGCACAAAAACUAGACCGAAAAAUCCAUCUCUGCUCUCUUGGGUGUUGGUUUUUUUUCUAGGGGGAGUAGGUUUGCGGCAGUUGAGAGGAAAUCGACGUCGUGGUUGGGUGGAAACGUUUCGGAGUGGUUGCGGAGGGUGUUGGAAUUUUUCUCGGGUUGUUGAUUUUCCAGCUGGUGUUGCGUUAGUGGAGAAUUUUUGCUUUGGGUGGUAGUGGAGGGGGAAUUCGACGCAUGUGACUGUAGGCCGAGGAUCUGCCUUUUCUCUAUUGCGAUGGUUUAGAAUUGCGCGGAACGGAGGAGAAGGGAGAGGAGCAAGCUUGGUUGUUCAGUUGGUUUGGUGAUUACGUUGGAAGAUCCGCAGUUCCGAGGAAUUGUUGGAAACUUUAGAGUGAACAAUGCAGAGCAGAGCGUCGAUAAACUCUCUAAGUGACGAGCUUGCGACGGGAAGUGGCGGAGUGGUGAAAAAUGGAAGUACAGGAGGCAAGGCUCCGGUCAAGGAAAUAUGGCCUUCGAUGCUCUUCAAGGUGUUCGGUCUCGUGCUCGCUCUUGGCACCGGAGUAUUGGUAGGAGUAGUUGCCAGCCUCCACUUACUCGGAGUUUUUAGCACUGGAAUGCUUUCGUCUCGCGUCGACGGAGCUGGUGCGUCACCUCAGCAGCUCCAUUUGCAUUUACUUGAUACUCACGCUACGCUAGGAUUGAAUCACGGAAUGACGGAUAGUGAGCUUCUGUGGAGAGCGUCCAUGGUGCCGGCGAGGGCGGGAUUGCCAAUUAAGCGCACUCCCAAAGUCGCCUUCAUGUUUCUCACCGUCGGACCGUUGCCGCUCGCUCCUCUGUGGGAAUUGUUCUUUAAAGGUCACAAAGUCUUCUACAAUAUUUAUGUCCAUUCGCUUCCGGGGUAUGAGCCUAAGGAGUAUCCGUCUUCUGUGUUCUUCGGCCGCCAUGUCUCGAGUCAGGAGGUGAAAUGGGGAGACAUUUCCAUGAACGACGCGGAGAGGCGGCUGCUAGCAAACGCACUCCUUGAUUUCGACAAUGAGCGCUUUGUCCUUCUUUCUGAGAGUUGCGCUCCGAUUUGGAACUUCACAUUCACGUACAACUAUCUCAUGAACUCCAACCAAAGCUUUGUCGGCGUGUUUGACGAUCCGGGGCCUUUCGGAAGGGGCAGAUACAACCCCCGCAUGGCACCAGAGGUCGCUGUUGAGCAGUGGAGGAAAGGAGCGCAGUGGUUCGAAGUGAGUCGGGAGUUGGCCAUCUACAUCGUUUCCGACGUUAAAUACUACCAGAAGUUUCGUCAAUUUUGUCAGGAUACUUGCUAUGUCGACGAGCACUACAUUCCCACCAUGAUGUAUAUUGAAUUCAAGGACAAGAUAGCAGGAAGGAGUGUCACUGCCGUGGACUGGUCGAAGGGGGGAUCGCAUCCAGGCAUUUUUGGGAAGAAUCUCGCGCAAGAAUUUCUUCAUAGGAUCCGGAGUGAUCAGUCGUGCACAUACAACGGCUCUCCUGGUCAUGUUUGCUACCUGUUCGCAAGAAAGUUCAGGCCGGACAGUUUGCAACCCCUGUUGCGCAACGCACAGUUGCGACGGAUGUUGAGGUAGCGUGUCUUAGUGAAGUUUUUGCUACGGUUUCAGUUGGAUAUUUGCUACCCGGCAUGGCAUUAGUUCCUUCCACCUCUAAUUCUUCAAGGGAUCUGCCUUCCCUCGAUGUAAGUGAAGCCAGUGUGAAGUAUCAAAUUUGUAUAGGUAGUUAAAUCAAGUACAAACAUUAAUCAGCUUAGGGGGUGCGCUAUCACGAAGACAGCAGAACCAGAGAUUUUGUACUAGAGAGUCCACUAGGUUUGCGGGAAAAAACCUUAGGGGCUGAGCCAAUAGACUGUAUAGACUUCAUACAUGUGCCAACAGUGUACAGCGAUGAGAAUAAUAAAACAGACUUUGAGAGUAUGGCUUCAGUGUC